CCGGGUCAGCUAUAAAGCAGCCCAGCAGUGGCUCGGGGGCAGUGAGGAUGCAGGCGCUGCAGGCAGCACUGGCCCUGGGCCUGCUGCUGGGCAGCCUGCUGCCAGGGGAUGGUCUGUCGCUGGAGAGCCUGCUGACCAACAAGAGGUGCAAGUGUGUCAAAGUGACUGCCCAGGUCAUCGGGCUGGGGCUUAUCCUUGCCAUCGAUGUGACACCGCCGGGUAUUCAUUGCCGGAGGAAAGAGAUCAUCCUCACCCUGAAGAGGAACAAGAAGGUGUGUGUGGCCCCUGAGGCGCCCUGGAUCCAGCUGCUCAUCCACAAGCUGACGCAGAUGGAUAUCACAAAAAAAGAAGCAGCGGCGGUCAUGCGGUCACGGCGGGAAGCGGGGAGAUGGACACCGCCCCCAUAGCAGGACCUGCAUCCCUUCCCCAGCACCGCCUGUCCCUCAAUCCAUCCAGCCUUGGUUCUGGCUGGGGACAGGAGCCUUUCUCCCCCUCCACCCUCCCCAGAACCAGGCUGUCCUGCCAGACCCUGGCGUUGCCCUACAUUCUGGUGAUUCUGCUGUCCCCCUGCGUGAUGCCCACCCAGGGCUCAAUUAAACUCUGAAUGCUCUGCCCUUGACUCUUUCCAUGCGGAUUUGUGUGAAAACAAUGUUUCCAUUGCACGCAGUACCAGGAUGGGUUAGAUGAGGACUGUGGCACUGCAAAGCCUACAGGCAGGACUGUAGGGUGUUUCUCAUGCCUGCUGUCUUUCCUCUGCCCAAAGGACCCAGCGGUUUUGUGCUUCUUUAUGUACUUUCCUGCUCAAAAGGAAGAGUCUGAGCAGUGAGUGCUGUGAGAAAGAUGUGGUCUGACCUCUGAAAAGAUCAGUGCUGGUGGCGGCAGUGCUGCCUCUCAGCUUUGUGAGCAUGGGGAAAUAGAAGGGAGUGAGGAGAUUUCCCAAACACUGGUGGAUGUGGUCUCUGAACAUCCCUGGUCAGGAACAGCUCUGGAUGGUACCUUUGUACCUUCCCUCCUGUGUCCCAGGAGCACCAACAGGAGAUAGAGGCUCUUGGGAAAGGCACAUUAUUCAAAACUGAGUCUUUUCAGUGGGUAGAAUCAUUUAGUGCAAGUGGAGCUGGCAUUCCCUUUUAAUAGUGCGUCAAUUAUUGCAAGUGGGAGAUGGGCAAAAAGGAUUCCUUACUCUUUGUUCCUGUGGGAAGUGUGGAAUAAACUUACUGCUAAGUUUCUGUUCAAGAGUGUUGCUCUUGCAGCUGAGGAGCUGAGGGCUGGUGUCAGGCUUGGGAAUGCCUGGAAGACCCACAGUAUGUCAAUAUGGGGCUGGUGGCUCCCAGGGCUGGCACUCAGCCUGAGGGCAUGGGGGAACUGAGGGCAACUCCUGGCUUCCAGCACAGCUCCAGGUGGCCAAGUGGCCAGAGGAGCCUCUGCUCUCAGCAACCUCCCAAUUCCAUUUGCACAAAGCGCAAUGGAAAUCCCCUUAAAACUUCAGUGUAAGCAUGUCCCAGAGUGACACCGCUGCUUCCCAAUUCUCCGUGUGCAGUUCCACCUUCUGGGGGGAGGACGCGGCUGUUGCAGAAAUGGAGCACAAGAAAGAGGUCCGGCUGAAAAGCACCCAGCCUCCCCAAAGGAGAACUGUGGGCACCUGUGAGUUUAUGAAUUAAGGGCAUCUUUUGCUAACGUGGUGCACACAAACACUUUAAUUGCUUGGAAAGGAAACACAUGAUGCAAUAAUUAAAAGUUGAAAACAAAGCCAAAGUCAUGUAACAUGUCACUUAUAAAGAGAGCCACCGUGAUUUCCUUUUUGCUUUGGAACAAAGACAAAUACAGACAAAUGCAAACUUGGUAAAUGCCUACGUUUUAGAAACUGUUCAACAAAGAGGACAAGACCAAGUACCAGAAUCACUCCAACCCUCACCCUCACCGGUGAGAGGUUUUCUAAGCUAAAUACCUUGUAUUAUUGCAGGACUGGGGGAAAGGAGGAAUCAUAUCACUUAGCAUGCUUUGCCAUCAAUGAUGUACCAAAGUACAUGAGCGUUUCUCUGGCUUCCUGUCGAUUUUCAGACACGUGUCAAGAAGCUGCUCCUGAAGCCCAUCACCCUCCAGUAGCCAAACCUGCAAACUUUCUCAAUACCCAUCAUGGAGUCAAAUGACUUUUCUCAGUCCUUAAAAGGUGCUGGUUUUGUCACAUUCCUGAUGGUGCCAUGUUGUCACUUUUCUGGACGUGUCACACCUGUGCCUGUCUACCAGCUGCCUUUUGGCCCAGCUCCAUUUCUCAGAGCAGAAAACCUGUGCUCAGUAUCUGUGCGAAUGCUGUCACAAAAGGAGUUCCCGUGUCACUUAGGGCUGUGCCUGUAUCCAAAGCUUUAUAAUCUCCUUUGAAAUUGGUUUUUAACCUUGAAGUGCUUUCUGGGCUGACACUUGGAUUAGGGAGGUAGGAAAUUAAAUGCUUUUCAUCAGGUUUUCUUGGGUUUUAUGCUGCUUUUGAACACUGAAGGGAGAUAAAGGGAGGGUGUGCUACAAUACCUUGUACUCGUUAAAAAGAAAAGGAUGAGCUGCAUAAUCCAAGAUGCCUUUCCUCAUUAUGAGAUGAUGAGAUCCAGCUAAUAAGAAAAUAUCUCAGAAAAGUCCAAGCGUCUCUGCACUGAGGGUGCAUUUAUUUUCCAGCCUCUAGUCUGUAUAAAACCCUCUGCAACCAAGCAGUUCAGAUCCUUUUCAGGCAUGGGAAAUCUAACGGCCAAAAUCUUCCUCCUUCUGAAGUCAAUGUGAGCUUCAGCAGAUUCCCAUUCCUUUUCCAUUCCCUUCCUUCUCCCUUCCUUUCCCUUCCCGUCAAUUAGCAGUAACAGAGCACACGGCAGGCUCUUAAGUCUGCACCUACAUGCAACACCAUCUGCUACACUGGCAUGAAGUGAGGAAAGGGAUUUUGUGGUUAUUGUGAAAAAAACACCCCUGGAUCCGUUGCAAAAGAACAACAAGCUGAUGCAAAACAGUGAGACACUUCUCAUUCCAACACUUUGCUAUUGUCUUGAGAGGCCGCAAAGAGGACCUGUCGAGAUGGUGAGACAGGCAAAGCAUCAUUCCUUAUGUUCAGUUUUGGCCUUUGGUCUUUAUUAUCAUUACAAGAAAAACAUCUGUUAAGAAAUGCAUAGCAGCCAAUAACAGGCAAAUGGUAAUGAAGCACAAAGCUGAGGUCACCAGGGGAUAACUGCUGCUCCCUCUCACACCCAGGUAAGGGUGUGUAUCACACUUCUGUGUUCCUUCUCUUGCAAGCCAUUGACUUGGUGUGGAUAGGAUUAAAAAACUCUUUCACACCACCCCACUAUACUAAAUUUCACACCAAGGGAAGGUUUUGAUGUGAGAAGCUUAAAACACCUUGUGGAAUAUGUAGAGUGCAUGACUGGGCUUAAAUCUGGCCUUUGACACAAAGGACUGUCAGCCCUGCUCCUACCAGGAGGGUGUCACUACCACACUUGUGUUCUAGGAACCUCUAAAGGGCUUUUAGCCCCCUCCUAGGGAACAAGUGGUGUGAACUUUCCACAUCUCCAAUGCUUUCUUGCACUUCAAACCCAAGCUAGGUAAGGAAAGCCGGCCCUCAAAAGCCACGCUGAUGCACCAUGAGAAAUCCAGCCCUGUAUUUGGGAUUUGGGAGCUGCAAGUGCUCAGCACCUUUGUAAACCAGGCCAUGGGCUCUGAGUGCAUAAGCACAGACUGGGCAGGAGUUUAGGAGUCCCCAAGGCAAAAGUGCAAAGUGGGAGGCCCCAGUGGUCCACAGCACUGGCACAGCUCUGAAGACCACGGAAUGGUUCUGAAAAGUCAGUGGCAAAGGCUUCUCAACAGGUUUGGCUCCAAAACUCUGGGCUCUAUAUUUGGUAAAACACAGGACAGCAAGGGGCUGAGACCAGCAAGGGGCUGAGACCAGCAAGAACCUUUCUGAAGGGGUCUGCAGACUAAAGAAGAGUGGCUUCAAACACACAUAGAAAGCUUGUGGAUAAAAUGAAGUAUUUUCUGAAUACAGAUGCGAGAAACAGGUGGAAAAAGCUUUUAUAGAGGACAAUGGGAAGAAGAGCUGCUCUCAGAGCCCUUUGUGCCAAACCUGACUUCAAUAUAUGGUACACAAAUGUUCACGCACCUUACAUCCAAAUAAGGAAACCAAAAUAUUCAGCUGCAAUGUACAAAAUUCUCUUUUAUAUAUAUAUAUGUAUAUAUAUAUACACACAAAACCCCAUAUCUAACAGAUUUACCAUGUUGAAUUUUAAAAAGUUGCUUGUAGAAUGGUGCUGGAUUUUUUUUCUCUGCUUGCUUUAGGCAGUGCUGCUGCUUAGAAGUUGACAUCAGGCACGAUAUCAUUGAAACCCAACCAAGAAAGCAAGGAGCAGGAAGGGGCUGAGGGCUUUUUCCUAAGCACGAGUGGUGUGGGCACUGCAAUGUGCACAGUGUCUAAGCAUGGGAAACAAGGGUUGGCGAUGGAGAGAACUACUUGUUCCCCAUUAAUGUGAUUACACUUAAGGAUAUUUUGCCCUCUAUUACUUCCCUCCCUCUCCCCAGUAACAUAACAUACCCUGCAAGGCCCUGUUAGCCUCCAUCUGGGUCAAAAGAAAAUGAGUGUCACCAUCUGGGUGCUGCAGAUGAGCACAAAACAGAUCUCAUCCCACGCACGAGGCUGGCGGCUGAUGGCUCCGCGCUCCUUCUCGUCUCAGGGCAGAGCUCUAUGAAGAGCAGCAGUUCUGCUCGGCUGGAAAAAAGCACAACCCCUUACUGCUCCUUUUGUAGGAAAGGGAGAGAAACCAGGGGAAAAGAGGGAGGGAGUCAGAGAUGUGCGAGGCGGGUAAACAUGCCCCUGGUUAUGUGCAUCGACUGAAACAAAAACAGAGUUCUGAAGAGAUAUUUUAAAAUCCAGAGGUUUUGUGCAAUAUCUGUUUAAACAGCGUUUUAAAAAUCACACAGCGUAAUGGACGUUCUGAAGUGCAUUUUGAAGCAGAGAAAAUCCAAUUGAACACCUUCCUGCAACAGAACGUUUCAGUCACUUAUAAACCCAAAGGAAGUACAACGUAGCGGUUUACAAUGUUUACCAGGUGCUUUUGUAUCACCCCCACCCUCUCCCACCCUGAUAUUACAAAAGAUUGUUGCCGUUUUUUCUUUUUAUUAAUAAACGGGCUCCUCUGCAGUUCAUAUACAAUCAUAGGUGAACUUUAAAUUCCAUUUUAUACAAACAUCUCAAAAAAUAUUGGGAGUGAAGUAUGGUGGAACUAUUGCUCACGUUGCCAGUAAAACAUGCGUGAAGGACAGGAGGAGAAUGGUUGUUAGUGCACACCUCCAGAGCAGAGAAACCCCUCCAGGAGAGAUACAGUAGUUGAUUACAGAAAGGUAAUGUCCACAAAAUUAAGUUUUUCAUGCUAUUCUACUUUCCAGUACUAUACUCAAUUGCCGUCUCAAUUUAUCCGCGUGGCCAGGUGUUGAACGCUGAGGUAUAUUACAAAGGAGAUACCUGCACCUAGAGGAAAAUUCUUCUUUUAGAAAGGGCUUUUUUUUUGGUGCUGCACGAAGCAAUUUACAUCCAUUAAUUUCACCCAGCUACAGUCAUUUCCAAUUUGUAUCGGGCAAUAGAUGACGUCUCCAGUUUUAGGCACUUCUUUUAAAGGGAGCUGUCAUUUCACUGAACUCAUCUUUGCAUUCUGUCCCACUCCUCUCCCGUCCCCCUCAGCAGAAGUCAGGGAAUAGAAUACUUCUACUCUGGGCCCAAUUGAUUUUUCCUAUGGAUAAUUUCCUACGUACAAAACAA